ACAUUCAGUCCUCUACAUUCAAUUCAAUCAUUCCUAUGCCUCUGCUCCAGACGCUACAGGUAAGUGUGAGAGAAAGGCACACAGAGAGAGAGACACACACACAGGGAGAGGAGAGACUGACUGAAGCAAUGUGCUGUUCCCAUCAACACUUCUGAAGCGGACAGCUGGGAAAACAAGCUGCCUUGGAGGUUGUCAACUCUGACUAGAGAGAAGUAAGUCCAUGACCCUGAACUACUACAGCGAUGGACAAGAAAAGUGAAAAUGGCUACCCUAGAUCCGGAGGAGAGAGUGGAGGUGGGGGUCAGAGGAAGCAGCUGCCCUACUCCGUAGAGACCCCCUACGGCUUCCACCUGGACCUUGAUUUCCUCAAGUAUGUGGACGAUAUCGAGAAAGGCAACACCAUCAAGAGGGUGCACAUCCAGCGCAAGGCCAGAGGCCCUCCUAAGUUCAGCACCCUGCCCAGGAACUUCAGCCUGCUAGGGCAUGGAGCCAGGCCGGCCCCUAAGGACACCUGGUCCUCUACCCUAGGGCCCAAGCCCCGGGGCAGAAUUACUGAUGUCCAGCAGAUCUUGGAUUUUAGACCCAGUGACGGUGGCACAUCGGCUAUUCAUAGCCAGAACAGCAGGGUGCAAGGGAGUAGCUUUGCCUCUGCCAGGCCCAGGGAGGAGGCAGGUGCAGGGCCUUGGGUGUUAGGCGAACAGCCCCUGGGGAGGCCCAACCUCCUUCGGACGUCCAGCAUGCCAGUCACCAUCCCGCACAGGAAGGCCUCUGAGUCCGGGGACGAAAGAACGGAGAACGUCUCAUCUGAGAACGUGGUCCGCACUGUUCCCCAGGACCGGUCGGGGCUGCACCAGCAGAUCACCGCAGCCCUGAAGAGGGUCAGAGAGCUGGAGGACAUGGUGAGGACCAUCCCAGAGCUCAAGUCCCAGAUCUGCUCACUGAGGGUGGAGAGAGAGCAGCUAAUCCUCAGGCUGCAGGUCCAAACCAAGCCACAGCCUCCAGCCCACCCACAAAGUGCCUCGCCCUCCCCAGCCCCAAGCACUGAUCCCGGGCCAGCCUCUCAGCCGCCGGGAGCUGAAGCAGCAGUGGAUCCCGGGAGAGCAGAGAGCACCGUGUCAGAGGCAGAAACGCAACAGGAAUCCUUAAAGAGUACCGCGCAAGAAGAAGAACCAGAUAGGCUUUUAGCAGCACAGGAACCAGAGAGACAAAUACAGACAGCAGAGGGACCAGAUAGACAAACAGCAUUUCUGAAUCCAUUAGUGCACGCAGAGGAAAGGCAAACAGAGCAACCAGUGAACGUUGCAACACCGAAAGAACCAGAACCUUUAGACAGCAGAGUGUUUGUGCAAGUCACAGAGGGAGUCAGUGUCAGUGGUGAGGAGCACCAUCUCAGUGUCGAACAGCUCCAGGCUAAGCUAGUAGCGCUAGAGGCUAAGCUAAGUCAGGCUAGCGAAGACCUGGAGAGAACGAACAGUCUCCUGAAACAACAGGUAGAGGAGAACGUGAUGAAGGAGGAGAGGAUACUGCAGCUGAGCGUGGGAGGGACAGGAGGCGCGGAGGAGGUGUUCAGGCAGAGACAGACAAGUAGGAGGACCAGUGUGGACCAGCAGACCGAGACGGAGAGAGCGGGAAGUGCAAGUCAGGAGACAGAGACAGAGAGGGCGGAUAUGGUGGAGCAGGGCACGGAUACAGAAAGGAUAGUUAUCUGUUCAACCGGAGAGGGGGCUGGUGGUGUGGAACAGGGGAUGGAGACGGAGCGGUUUGACACUCAAGACCAGGUGACAGAGACAGAGAUGGUCAUUGUAUUCCCAGUCAGACCGCGGGCUAAUAGUGUGGAUCGGGGAACAGAGACAGAGAGAGUGGACACAGUGGACCAGGUGACAGAGACACUGCCCGGAGACAGCUUAGACCAGGUGACAGAGACAGAGACGCAGACAGUCGUCGGUGUAGAUCAGUCAACAGAGACAGCACCUGUACGUCCAGUGAGACCAGCGAGACAUAGGGCUAACAGUGUGGACCGGGAAACAGAGACACAGACAGUGGAUACUGUGAACCAGGUGACAGUGACAGAGACACAGACAGGAGUCCGUGUAGACCAGGUGACAGAGACACAAACAGAGACAGCACCUGUACGUCCAGUGAGACCAGCGAGACAUAGGGCUAACAGUGUGGACAGGGGGACAGAGACAGAAAGAGUGGGUACAGUUGACCAGGUGACAGAGACAGUGGUAGCACAGAGUACAUAUCAGCAGACAGAGACAGAGGGAGACAGAGUUGAGACGACCAAUAACCACCAUAGAGAAAUAGAGAUUGAGAGUGCGGCCAUAGUAAGUGCGGCCAUAGAAAGUGCGGUCACAGAAAUUGUGGAAGCAGAACGUGUAGUCUCACGCAGUUUGGUUAAAGAGGGUGAGAUCGCUGAUAGUGCAGUACGUUUUGUGGUUAUAGAAAGUGUGGGCAAAGAGAAUGGGGUCACAGCGAAUGUGGUCACAGAGAAUGUGGUCACGGGAAGUAUGGUGAAGAGACAAGUAGUGGUAGUAGAGGAGACUGUCGUUGAACAAAUUACAUUGACUGAAAGUGUUGUUACACAGAGUAUGACCACAGAGAGUACAGUCGUAGAGAGUGCAGCCACAGAGAACUUGGCAACUGAGAGUGAGGUUGUAAAGACCACAGUUACAGAGAGUACGGUCACAGGAAGUGCGGUCAUAGAAUCUCCAGCCCCAGAGAGCCCAGAAGUAGCACCCACUCCCUCUUCCAGCCAGACCCAGAUGGGUCAGAAGGAGUCGGAGCAGGCCCAGCCCCAGUCACAGGACUCUCGUCGGGGGUCCAACCCAGCGUUGGCCCAGGCCCCUCGCCAGGGGUCUAACCCAGCCCUGGGCCAGGUGGUGACGCGCCUCACAGGGCUGAUCAAUGAGCAGUGGGCCCAGCUAGGUAGCAGCCAGGACAAGCCAGACAAGCAGGAGACCACCAGCCCGAGUGCCCAGAAGCCUGCAGAAGGGCAGGGUGCGCCCACUGCAGGGAAGCCUUUAGCGGGGAAGGCAACGGGGAAGUCAGGUCUGUCUAAGAUGAGCUCCAUCCAGAGCCAGCUGGUCAGCUCCCUCAGUGCCCUGUCUGCCUUCUACUCCCCUGGACAGAAGGCAGCUGCCAGCAAACAACAAGGUCUGAAAUCCAUCAUGAAGAAGAACGAUGCUGCUGACAAACAGGGGAACAGAGGAGGAGCCAAGAAGAACCUAAAGUUUGUGGGAGUCAACGGAGGGUAUGAGACUACCUCAAGUGAGGAGGAAUCCAGUGAGGAGGAGAAAGGGGAGGUAGAGGAGGAGGUGGACAGCUCUGAGCCUGAGGAGGAGCGGGAGAAGGAGGAGGGAGCUGGAGCAGCUCAGGGCCAGGGGGAGGCCACAGCUACAGAGGACGAGCCCCAGGGAGCAGGGGCCCAGGCUGGGGAGACGGAGGUCCAUGAAGACUCUCAGGACCCAGAGAACAGCCAGGCACUCCUGGAGGAGCAGCCAGCUGCAUCAUCAGGGGAGACAAUCGAUAAGGGCUUCAUGGAAGCGUGUGACUACAUUGAGGGUCGUAUGGCAGAGGUGGUGGCCCCCGAUAAAGAAAUGAGACAUGUCCUGAUGGUGUUGUACCAGGAGUGGUUCCGUGUGUCCAGUCAGAAGGACUCUCUGGCUGACACCGUCACCCUCUACCUGAGAGAGGUGGGCAUCGCCACGCCGACCCUCCUGCGUUACAUCGUGAACCUGGCCGACGGCAACGGCAACACAGCGCUCCACUACAGCGUGUCCCACUCCAACUUCCCUGUGGUCAAACUGCUGCUGGACACCGGUCUGUGUGAGGUGGACAUCCUGAACAAGGCGGGCUACACAGCCGUGAUGCUGGCCUCCCUAACAGCUGCUGAUGGGUCAGAGGACAUGGAGGUGGCUCUGCAGCUACUGAGACAGGGAGAUGUCAAUGCCCGCGCUAGCCAGGCAGGGCAGACGGCUCUGAUGCUAUCGGUCAGCCAUGGUCGUACAGCCAUGGUGCGGUUGCUGCUGAGCUGCCAGGCUGACCUCAACAUUCAGGACAAAGACGGUUCGACCGCACUCAUGUGCGCGUGUGAGCACGGUCACGCCGAGAUCGCUCGGGUGCUACUGGAGUCUGGCCACUGUGACACCAGCCUCACAGACAAGAAUGGUCAGAGGGCUCUGUCGGUGGCGGUAGCGUCCUCCCACGCUGAGAUAGUUGACCUACUCAAGAGCCACUCAGAUUCCACCACCACCCAGGCCUCCAACCCCUCUACCACCAUCAUCACCACCACCACAGCCUCUCUCCUCUGAGCCCCCUCCAGUAGCCCCUCUCUAACCCCUACCCUACCCCAGCCCCGGACCCACCCCCACCCUGGACCCACUAUACCCCGAACCCCUUUCUCUGGACCAGAGGAGGCUGGUGGGUGGAGGUAUAAAAGGACAGGCUCAUUGUAAUGGCUGGAGUGGAAUAAAUGGAACGGUGUCAAACUGAUCAAUCAUAUGGAAACCACAUGUUUGACUCCGUUCCAUUUAUUCCACUCCAUCCAUUACAAUGAGCCUGUCCUCCUAUAGCUCCUCCCACCAGCCUCCACUGUCAUGGACCAUACUCUUUUCCAGACUGUCUGGAGGACAGACAAAGGCUGUAUUCACCACCACUGCCUAUAUCUCCCCACGGACCAGAGCUCAGCUCACAGAUAGGCCUAUUGGACCGGAGCCCCACGGACCAGAGCUCAGCUCACAGAUAGGCCUAUUGGACCGGAGCCCCACCGACCAGAGCUCAGCUCACAGAUAGGCCUAUUGGACCGGAUCCCCACCGACCAGAGCUCAGCUCACAGAUAGGCCUAUUGGACCGGAGCCCCACCGACCAGAGCUCAGCUCACAGAUAGGCCUAUUGGACCGGAGCCCCACCGACCAGAGCUCAGCUCACAGAUAGGCCUAUUGGACCGGAGCCCCACCGACCAGAGCUCAGCUCACAGAUAGGCCUAUUGGACCGGAGCCCCACGGAACCAGAAUAGCACACAUUCUUCACAUUUCUGCCAACAUUUAGGGAGUGGGAAUAAUGUGUCAACUGUUUGGCAGCCAGCCAAUGUGACACUGAAAAACCCAGUAGCAGUGGUGACAGUGGUGAUUGACAGGUGAUCCAGGAAGAGGGCAGAAGCCAACAGAAGGAUGAUGGUUUGCUGCUUUAUAAUAUAAAACAAGCUAUUCAGGCCAAAAUCAUCUUAAACACAUGAUCUACCUUAACAAUCGGUCAUUUUAUUAUUAAUACUAUGUUUUUCCUUUUUAUACCUGUAUCUAAGUUUCCAUCCAAUUGGCAACAGAUUUUCAUGUGAAUAUUAUAAAAUCCGCAUAAAGAAAAUAUGCACAUUUUCCCUCCGGCGGUGUGUUUCGAGCAAACUGACUUGUUGCAGGCAAAUUAAAUCUGUGCGUGAUGUAUUGCACACAACAUUUGAAUUUUCGCAUAAAUUCAAACGUUUUGUUGUUGUUGUGUGUUUCAAAAAAUAUAUAUGUUUAACCUUUAUUUAACUAGGCAAGUCAGUUAAGAACAAAUUCUUAUUUUCAAUGACAGCCUACCCCAGCCAAACCUGGACAACAUGGGCCAAUUGUGCACCACCACAUCACAACCAGAUGGGAUACAGCCUGGAUUCGAACCAGGGACUGUAGUGACUCCUCAUGCACAGAGAUGCAGUGCCUUAGACCGCUGCGCCAGUUGGGAGCCAAAAGUUCAAUCAAUCAAUUAAGCAAUCAAUCAAAUGUAUUUAUAAAUACCUUUGUCCAUCAGAUGUCACAAAGUGCUAUACAGAAACCCAGCCUAAAACCCCAAACAGGAAGCGAUGCAUAAGGGAAAAACUCCCUAGAAAGGCCGGAACCUAGAAGAAAAUAUAGAGUACCAGUCCCUGAAGGCUGGCCAGUCUUCUUCUGGCCAGUUGGAGAUUAUAAGAGUACAUGGCCAUUAAAGCCAGAUUGUUCUUCAAGAUGUUCAAACGUUCAUUGACCUAAGUCAAUGUGUUUCCAUCGCAUUUUACACUAGUUUUGACACAAAAAUUGUUGCCGUAAAUAUCAAAUAUACCUACUCUGGUUUUGCCAACAGCUCGCAGAUACACUGCGGGUAGGCUAAUCUGUACAGUGAGAAUAUUAUGGGUAAGAAUAUUUGCAUUUGUCAAACGGCAGUCAAGCAUCGAUCAUCAUGACACCAGAAUAAGACCCUCGAUAUUUAUUCGAACAGAACAUCGAGUUCACAGCGCGCACUUUCAACAGAACAUCAAGUUCACAGCGCGCACUUUCAACAGAACAUCAAAUUCACAGCGCGCACUUUCAACAGAACAUCAAGUUCACAGCGCGCACUUUCAACAGAACAUCGAGUUCACAGCGCGCACUUUCAACAGAACAUCAUGUUCACAGCGCGCACUUUCAACAGAACAUCAAGUUCACAGCGCGCACUUUCAACACCCUGUGAAGUUCAUCAUACUUCACUUAACAUGUAACCUAAUAAACUGUACGGGUUAUAUCAGUAUUUGCGCAUAAAGGUGUUUCCAGCGGCAUUUCACGCAAAAAUACAUUUGACCGACACAAAAAUAUCCCAACAUGUCUAACGAACAAAUUCUCUGUUUGCAUUUAUAAAAUUGUUACGAAAUGUCCUGUUUGCAUCACAGCUGUUGUCAUUUUUUUUAAAAGGUCUGACUUUACUCACAUGAAAACUGGAUGGAAACGUGUUUAUUAAUGACAUCACUAUUCUUUUAUAUUUGGACAUGAGCCAUUUAUUUAACUCAUAAAGUCUGAAUGUUAUUAUAGCGUUUUAUAAAAUACACACCGUAUAUUUA